CACCACCAAACAAACAUCUAAGCGCCUUCCUCGAUACAGAAACUCGCUCGAGAAACAAACCCGAUUGAAACGACAAGAAGAACACUCGUGAACCCCCAAAAUAUCGUCGAUUUAUCCUGCGUGAAGCCUCAAGCGCGAAAAAGCUACCGACACCAUGCUCUUUUUCAGCUUUUUCAAGACACUCAUCGACCAUGAGGUCACUGUAGAGCUCAAGAACGACAUUCAACUAAAGGGAAUUCUCAAGAGCGUGGAUCAGUACCUCAAUAUCAAGCUCGAUGACAUCCAGGUUGUUGAGGAGCUCAAAUACCCUCAUCUUAGCUCUGUCAAGAACGUCUUUAUCCGAGGCUCAGUUGUGAGAUACGUUCAUCUUCCCGGCGCGUCAGUUGACACACAGCUGCUGGAGGAUGCUACACGGAGGGAAGCAGCAGCUCAACAAGCUAAGGCGAAAUGAGCUGUUCAAGGCGAUGGAUGAGAGGCAAGAUAAACUUUUUCGGAGUUGACUCUUACUAUUAUGGUAAACGGAAAGAAUGAUAAUUACGUCGAGACCGGGAUGAUCACCAGAGAGAAUCCAUGAGGCGCUUGCUUCUGAUGCGGAUAACUGAAUGCUCCUUUCCCUUCUAAACAUUAUACAGAACAGAGAGUCAUGAAACGAUCGAAGACGUUGAUAGGUCAACAUGGUAUCUAAAAAUUAAAGGUCAUCAGAUGGAACUCCCGCUCAAGAGAAUAAUGCACAAAUCGCUUCACAUCAUAGUCGAUCACCAGAAUGCUCCGCCGGCUUUACCAGCUUUGCCAUCCCAGAGUUCCUGCUCUGACACCCUAUCAUCGUCUUGACCUUCAAUGAGUGGCAUCACCAAUCCAGCCCGUCUUCUUUCUGAAAGCCAGCGGUCUAUCCAACCCUUCAUGCGCUUUCUUGACUGCUCACUCCCUACAUUGACUGUUGGAAUGACUUUCUCUAUUCUCAAGCUCAUAACAAACAUGGCGAGCUCUCGGAAGCUACUGUGUUCUGAGUAAGGAACCCCAAAGCACAUGGCUUCCUUGGUACUGCCUCUCUGUGGAAUAAAAUCUUUAUAUCCAAAUCGUGUUCGCCAG